ACCACUUUCACUCAAAAAAAAAUCAAACUAUAAUACCCACAAAAAAAGAUUAACAAAAUCUUCCAAUCUCCAAUUCUCCAUAUCAUUUCUCUCUUACCUUCCCAAUUCCCAUAUUCCUCAAUCUCCACCUAAAUGGGCCCAUUAGUUCUAACCCAAUUAGCCACCGGGCUAAGUGUCUUAGCCGGGGCGGCUAUAGUUAGGUCGGUAAUGGACCAGAAGCCCAUGGCUGGCCCUUUCCCUAGGUGUCCAACUUGCAACGGUUCGGGUCGGGUAUCCUGCUUUUGUUCACGGUGGUCUGAUGGUGAUUCCGGUUGUCGGUCGUGUGCCGGGUCGGGUCGGAUGGCUUGCUCUAGUUGUGGUGGAUCCGGUACGGGUCGCCCUCUUCCGGUUCGGGUCACAGCUCGUCCUCCUCCUACUAAUAAUAGUAAUGGCCGCUCCUUUUAAUUAGACUUACUCCAUUUUGUUGCUACAAAUUUGGAAUUAAUUUUCCCAGUUUGUAAUUUAUAUAUAAUAAUUAAUAAUAUAAGUACAUAUUUAGCUCCAUGAUAUAUAUAGUCUUUCCUUAAAUUUGUAAUAUAUGUUGCUCAUACUUAAAGAGAGAAUUAAGAAUGGAAUUUUAUAGAUUUGUUAGUUUGUUAA